UAGCAAACUCCACGAAAUGGAAUAGGAUAUAUCGCAAACCCCGCUCGUCACCUCCCUAUGCUUCUCGAAAUGUAAUUCAGAGAGACGCAAAAAAGGCAGGGAAAGCAGAAGAAGAAAAGAAGCAUUCGAAUGCGACAAGACGGUGAGAAGAGUAGAAGAGGCCAACAUUUUCCAUGUAUCAUACAACAUCUACUUCUACAAGCCAAAGAUGAGACCACAAUGUCGCCACGAUCCAUUGAAGCUAACGCGCAAUCUACAACCCCUGCGACGCCCUCUGCAACGCCCUCUGCGACUCAUUUCGCAUCUGACGACAAAAAAUGGCAUUCGAGCUUUAGUAACGCCGAGAUUUCGGCCAGUACUCGCCCCAACACACGGUUGAACCGCCGUUUAGUCUCGUAUGAUGAGAUUCCCGACUGGUACCAAGAUAAUCCGUACAUUCGGCACGGCUACAGACCCGUCUUGCAAUCCGCACGAGCUUGUUUCAGUAGUUGGUCGUACGUACACAACGAGACGCUCAAUAUAUAUACACAUCUAGUACCAGCAGCAGUGCUACUUGUCAUCGGCCUUUCUUACGUACUCAUCCGUCUAAGUGGCCGCAGCAGCGACGACAUUGGUGUCGCUGUAGCUCUUCUAGUUUGCGCAGUAGGCUGCCUUAGCUUUUCGAGCCUAUACCACACGCUCAUGUGCCACUCUCGCUCAAUCGAGGCAUUUUGGUUGCGCCUUGACUUCAUCGGCAUCAUUCUGUUAAUAUUAGGAUCCUUCAUCUCAGGAAUCUACGUCGGUUUCUGGUGCGAGACACUGCAGAGGAGAAUAUAUUUUUCAAUGAUGGGAUCUCUCGCGGCAAUUUCCAUCGUCGUCGUGCUGGCGCCAUGUUUCCAAGGUCCACGAUGGCGUACGCUGCGCCUGUUGACUUUUGUAUUCACUGGGCUUUCCGGCUUGAUUCCAAUAAUUCACGGCAUCGUUAUGUUUGGUUUCAUGCAGAUGGCAAAGCAAUCCGGUUUAUUUUAUUUUCUGGCUGAAGGAGGGCUAUUCUUGAUAGGAGCAGUUGUGUACGCUACAAGAUUCCCCGAGAGUAUCAGACCUGGAACAUUUGAUAUAUACGGCUCCUCGCACCAGAUCUUCCAUGUGUUGGUUGUCUUUGCUACAGUGAUUCAUCUAAUAGGUGUUCUUGAUGCGCUCGACUACAAUUAUUACAAUCGACAAUGCCCGGGAUGAUUUCUCGCGCCGGCAUUGCGCUCAGCAGGUAUCUAUCAAAGCUACUUCGCAGGAGCAAUGCUGUAUCCUCACUCAUCCGUACUGCCUCAAUCAUCAAGCUGAUCUCCUCGAAUGCUUCUUCGAACUGUACCCAAAGGCUGUAUGUGCUGCUUUAGUCUUCUCCUAGGUUACUACUGACUCAUUUCUAAAGCACAGCCACCCUCAAGGUACCUAGCUUGCAGAUUAGAUGGCCUGUACAUAGACGAUUGUGGGUUGCCCGUGUAGGAACCUCUUAAUACGACGUCCACUCGAACUCAUUGCUCUGGAGCCAUUCCCUGUCUUGAUAUCCUCUC